CCAGACCGCGGAGGAGCGACAGCGAAUAUCCCGGCGUCAGGAGCUAUGGACGGCGUGGAUGUGUGCGCCAUGAAAUAUGGGUGAUGGGCAACCGGUUUAUGGAUGACUGACAGCUCCAUCGCCCAAUCGCAUCAGCAGAGAUGAUAGCGACAGGCGGGCUUCUGCGCAUCUCCAGGCGCCAGGAUUCGCUGCCCUCAAAAACCCGUGCGGAGACCAAACGGAGGCGGCGGCGGGAAAAGAGGAAGAAGAAGAGAGAUGUGGUGGUAGUGAAGGGCAAGCUGCAGGUGUGCUCGCUCUCGGGCCUGGUGGCUGCCGUGGCCAUGCUGGUACUACUGGUGGGCAUAGCCAUGGCCGUGCUGGGCUACUGGCCCAAGGACAAGCCAGAGUACUCAGAGACAUGGGCCGCAAACAACUUCCAGACCACUAGAGGGAGCCAACCAAGAGGGAGCGCUCUCCUGAUGGCUUGGAACCACACAAGCAAUACUAAGCUGGGCCAGCAGAGAGCACUGAACUUGACCCGGGGGAAUGGGACCACCCUGGAGCGGUCAUCGCCACAGGCCCCCGCACCGCUGGGGAUUCUGGGAGAGCUGCUGGCCAGCUGCCUGCACUCGGACCAGCUAAAGAUGUACGGGCCGCUGGUGAUGGGCAUGGGCAUCUUCCUGUUCAUCUGUGCCAACGCCGUCCUGCACGAGGACCGCGACCGCCAGACCAAGGUCAUCGAUCUGCGCGACAUCUACUCCACCGUUAUCGACGCACACAGCCUGCGCGCCAAGGACCAGUCGCCGCUCAACGGUCUCGUCAACUACAUCCAGGGGCGUAGUGGGGCCGAGCCUGGGGUUGGAGACAGGGCGAGCCGAUCACAUGGAUCCUGGCCGUCUACGCUGUGGGGGUUUGGGUUCGGGUCCGGAGGAGGAGGGGGAUCGCGACGGCCCUCUUGCACACGUAGGUGCAGCUGGUGGCAUGAUGGGGACGGUUGGAGUGACACAGUGUACAGUGUCUAUCAGGAGAGGGACAUGGGGCUGGCAGCACGGCCAUGGGAGACAGGCUCCAUCGUCACGUCCUCGCUGAACGCCUUCACGCUGCCUGUCAUCAAGCUCAACAACCGUGAGAUGGAGGAAGGACCGGGGGGCGAGGAGGAGGAGGACGCAAGGAAGGUGACGCAGGGGGGGGAGGAGGAGUGGCGCGCGGGGAGCAGGGACAGACCUUCUUUCCCCAUCGCUAUAGAAACCAAAGCCGAGAUCUCCAGGGUGUACACAUCUGACUCCCAGAGCUCCCUGGGCACCAAGAGGUGGGGUCGGGGGUCGUCGCCGCGGUGGUCGCUGUCGGAGUGCGGCACGGCGCCUCAGCUGCUUCCGCCGGCGGAGGGGCGAAAGGUCGCAAGGUCACACCUGUCACUUAACUCCCUCUCUGACACGGCAGGCGUGCGGUGGGCCGCAGGCGGUCGCCAUGACGACCGCUCCCGCAGGUUCAGCUGCCCCAGGCUGGACCGCUCCGGCAGCAAGGGCUACAUCAAACUGGCAGACCUUGGGGGCGAAUCAUUCGAGGGACCAGAUGGGGGGACCCUGAUCCUUGGAGAAGAACAUGCUGGAAAGUCAGUGGUUGCGGCAGCAUCGUCGAUGGCUACGGUGGAGGUGCUGGUGGAGACAUGGGAGGUAUCUCAGGGGGAGAGACGAGCUGCAACGAGUGAACACACACUCGUAGAGCACACACUCAUGGAACACACUCCUGUUCACACACAGCAACCAGUAGCUCACCCGCAUGCUGUUGUCACAUGCUCGCCCGGUAGGUUCAGCAGUGCAGGGGGGGAUCACUAAAUCACCCUAAUACACACACACACACACACCACACACACACACAAACACCCUAAAAAACCACACACCCAAGCAACCUCUGCAGGAACAAUCUGCCCACGCAGAACAGCAAACUCUCUGCUGGACCUGCACCACCUCCACUCCAGGGUUGCGUUUCCAGAAAGUGUCGUUGAACAACUACACUCUGUUUUAGUUACCAUGGUGGUUGCUCAACGAUGCUUAUGGGAAAUGCAGUCCAAGUUGAAAACAUGGCAAAGUCUUACAGUUUGAUAUGGAUGAAAGUUAGUCCAUUAGACCUGCACUCAAUGCCAAACUGCACCCAGACCUUUUAGACAGCUGGUAACAUACUCAUCAUUUUUACCAAUUUGUGAUCAUCAUAAAAAGCAUCCUGUUUUUGUAUAGUUUCACAAAAUUGUGAACUGCACCUUUGAACAUGGGCUUAUAUUCAAAGACAUAUACACUACUGGGAAUGCACACUGUGUCUGCAGUUUAGUAGCUUUACCU